AUGACAAAAGCGCCAAAUUGUAUACAGCGACCGCUAAUGGGUACUUCUCCGGAAUCCCAGCGAUUCUUUCAGAGGCUGUUUGUGGACUUUCUCGGAUCAUAUCCCCGUUCUAGGAGUGGUCAUAUAAGGAUUUUUAUAGUCCUGGAUCACUACACGAAGUUUGUGUUUUUGAAAGCUGAUGUGGUGAUCAAAUAUAUGCAGCAGGAUCUUUUUCACACUUUCGGAGUGCCAGAAACUAUUGUGUCUGACAAAGGUUCCCAGUUUAAAUCGGAGGCAUUUCAAAAGUUUCUGCGGGAAAAUAAUCCCAAGACGCAACCCGUGAAAUCGGCGAAGGCAGGUACCAGUUUUUUUUUGCAAUGUGCUGUGAAGCCACCACAGCGCAAAAGCCACCAGACAUCGCCGCUCCAAAAGGAGAAGGAGAAGACCACGGACGGACGGCCGGCAGAAGCAAAAAAGAAACCGGCGGUCAAGUCAGUGUCCGGCGGGAGAGCAAGCGUUUCGCAGAAGUCGUCGGUGGCGUUGAAAGUUUCGUCGUACUAA